GCAGUCAGUGCUUGCCGUGCAGCCUUCGCUCGCGGUCUGUCUUCCGAACGGGCCGCUCUCGCGCGCGAGCCCCUAUACCGUUUCUUACACACACACACACACACACACAUAUCGUGCAUUACGGAGGCGCUCACAGUCGACUUCUUCAUUUUGCAUCGGCUCGCAGCAGGUGUCCGAGUCCCCCCUGUGUGUGCGUGUUAUAUACGGACAGGCGCAGGACAUCACGUGUGUGCAGUGAGCGCGUGCCGCGAUAUACGGGAGAGAGGGAGUAGUUAGGCUCUCCGCGGGUGGGGAUAUAGGGAGCCGGCUAAAAAGUCGCCUGUGCGCGACCCCAGUCAGUCGCCGCGCGCGAUACCCGCCGCGUCUACACUGCCGAGAGAGAGAGAGAGAGAGAGACUGUUCCGCCGAAUUGUGACAGGACCUAUGCUAUAUAGUGUGUGAGUGUUGAAUACGCUGAGAUAUAGUUGAAGAUAAAAAACUGUUCAACGAGGAAAGCAUCAGUGUGAGAGGGAAGAUAGAAUACGCGGGGAUGAUGCAGUAGUAGCAGUGCGCGAGUAUACAGGGCUCAUAAUGGCCCGGAGAAUUUGCCGAAUGCGCGAGUGUUACAUCAGGCCAACGUGACGGAUUAUACCUUCGGCGGUGCGCUGCGCCGCUCUCUCAGACGAACAAGCCGGCGAAUUGCAUUAUCAUAUAGGUAUAAUAUUCCGGCACAUCCAUCAUUCUCCGAAGUUCAUUUUCUCGGCAGCGCGCCCUCUCUGACUUACGAUUACUUACGCAGUUGUGUUCUGCAACAGUAGUGUGUCCCGGUCCUUCUGCGAACUCGCUGUGUUUACGAAUCGCUCCGGAUUUGUGUGAAGUGUGCUAUGCCGUUGGUUUUUUCGUGAUGUAACCUGUAAACAAGAAGAGGACACGUUGGAAGCAACGUCGAGAUCCAAAGAGCAUCAGGAAUCGCCGAUACAGAGAAGUCAGAGUGUGGACAAGGCAAUAACCGCCCGGUGGUAUAUCGUCGCACACACCCGAGGCGCUUUUCGAAUACGUAAUACAAGAUGAGUCGUCGAGGCGGAAAAAUCGCUCGGCGACAAGAAUAGCGCGCGCGGGCUGUAAAUAAGAAUCUCCUCCCGCUCGAGGCGCUGGAGAAGCAUCGAAGGGACGUGUCGCAGCAAUUGAAAUCGAAAUGUGAUCCAUCGCCGAGAGAAGCACGAAGAAGAAAAUAGAAAAAAGAGAAAAGAAGAAGAAGAAGCGGCAGAAGAGCUAGCGGUGGCUGAAGAUGAAAGGGCCGAGAGACGAGGCGCAAAUAAACAGAGACAUUUUGUCUGGUGCGCGAGGGCGCGGAAGUGAUGUCGAGUGAUAGGGCUGCUGCUGCUGCUGCAACGGCGGGAGGCUCGUCGACGUCAGGCGCGAGUGCCGCUAGUCAAGUGUGCUAGGACGCACCAACCGCGGAAAGCAGGCUCUCCCUCGCGGGGAAAAAAGAGUGCGAAGAAGCAGUCGGCGAUUUAACAAGUGCUGGGCUCUGAGUGCUCUCUCCCUCUCUUGCAAAAAAAAGCGAGAAAACAACGACGACAACAAACUGCAAACAGACAGAAAAGCCGGGGAGAGGAAAGCGACGUGCCGCGUGACUCGCGACGCUGACGUGAAGUGACGCGAGCUGUCGCGACGUAGACACACUCUACGAGAGACACACAGACAUGUCGGUGAAGAAGAGGAGAGAAGGUGGUGGUGGUGGAGGAGGAGAAGGACUGGUUUUUCCCAUCCACUCGUCGGCGAAUCUUCUGCUGCUGCUGAUUCCCCUGACCCUCGGCCUGAGCACGCUCGCCGAGGCAAGGAUUACCAAUCAAGAGAUAGUGACAAUGAGCGAAGCUCAGGCGGUAGCUGGGAAUGUCGCUCAACUGCCUUGCGACGUCGAGCCACCGGUGCCCGGCGACAAGGUGCACCUCGUCAUCUGGUACAAGGAGCCUGCCGAUCUGCCCAUAUACAGUUUUGACUCGCGAGGCAUCUCGACGCUGGAGCAGGGCAAGCACUGGCAGGAUCCGAGUCUGGGACGUCGAGCUUUUUUCAAGUUUGCCGACACCCCGGCCAAGCUGAACCUGGAAGCCGUCAAGGAGAGCGACGCUGGCCUCUACCGCUGCCGCGUCGACUUCAAGCAGUCGCCCACGAGGAACAGCAAAGUCAAUUUGACAGUUAUAAUACCGCCGGACCAGCUGAGCAUUUUGGACGAGGACGGCAAGUCGCACAUACCGUACUACGUGCUCGGACCGUACAGCGAGGGCACCUCGCUCAACAUCACCUGCGUCGCCUCUGGAGGCCGACCGCAGCCCCGAGUGACCUGGUGGCAGGAGAACGCACUGCUCGACGACAGCUACGAGGUCGUCGGUACGAAGAAAGUGCGCAACGUGCUUCGAUUGGAAAAGCUCGAGCGAAGACACGAACGAGCCGUCCUCACCUGUCAGGCUUCCAACAACAACAUGGUCACGCCUAUCUCAAGCUCCGUCUCUCUCGACAUGAACCUGAGGCCGUUGUGGGUACGACUGCAGGGGGAGAACCGGCCGUUGAGCGCAAGGCAGACUUACGAAAUAGGAUGCGAGGUCGUCGGUGCCAAGCCGACGCCGACUAUCGAAUGGACCAAGGGAGGCAUCCCUCUGCAAAACGUUCGCCGAACGGUCAGCCCGGAUAAGAACACGACGACGAGCAUCCUGACCUUCGUGCCGAGCAUUGAAGACGCCGGGAAAUAUCUGUCCUGCCGUGGCAGCGUUCCCGUAAUCCCGGAUUCUGAAAUGGAGGACGGCUGGAAGCUCGAUAUACAUCACGAGCCGGUAAUCACGUUAGAACUCGGCAGUAACUUGAAUGCGAGUGCCAUCCGCGAGGGCCUCGACGUCUACUUCGAGUGCAACAUCAAAUCGAAUCCCUGGGUCUACAAAGUCUCCUGGAAGCACAACGGAAAUCCGCUGUAUCACAGCGUGGCAAGCGGUACGAUAGUCAGCAAUCAGAGUCUGGUGCUACAGAACGUGUCGCGCAACAGAGCCGGCGUUUACACUUGCGUCGGCAGUAAUCAAGAAGGCGACGGCGAGAGCAAUCAACUGAAUUUGGACAUAAAGUUCGCGCCAGUAUGCCGUCCCGGUCAGACCAAGGUGUUCGGCGUGGCGCGUCAGGAGACCGUACGCAUAAAUUGCGAGCUCGAGGCGAACCCACGAGACGUCACCUUCACUUGGAAGUUCAACAACACGAUGGAAGCCAUGGACAUACCUAUCGAACUCAUCAGCAGUGAGGGCAGUCGCUCGGUUGUAUCUUACACGCCCAUGACUGAGCUUGACUACGGGACGUUGCUCUGCUCCGGAACCAAUGAGCAGGGAGCUCAGGCUGAUCCUUGCGUCUUCCACGUAGUGCCUGCUGGUCGGCCAGAUUCGCCGCACAACUGCACGGUGCAGAACACGACGACGGACACGCUGCACGCUGAGUGCGUGGAGAGCUUCGACGGAGGUCUGCCCCAGAAAUUCACGCUGCUGGUAGAGCUGGAGUCGAGUCCGGCCUCGUCGAAGUCAGAAGGCGCGCUGAUCUACAAUCUGACGAGCAAGGUGCCGGCGUUCAGCAUCAGUGGCCUCGAGCCAGGAUCCAUCUACCAGCUGACUCUCUACUCGAGCAAUGCCAAGGGUCGCAGCGAACCUGUCACCUUGCGCACGACGACGCUCAACAUGCCCGAGAGACGCACCGGUGAAAAAUCAAUGAGGCCACCAUCGCCGGAGAACUGCACGAUCAUCGAGGAGAGUCGUUCGACCGUACGAGUGAGCUGCGCCGAGAGUGACUAUGUCGACGCGAAAAGUGCCAUGUACGUCCUGCAGGUAUUCGACGCGGAGACGAGAAGGUUGCUCGCCUCGGCGACGAGUAUGACCCCCUCGAUGCUCGAGGUGACGGACCUGCCGGCCCAACGCAGCCAAUCGGGGCUAGUUUUGUUCCUGAGGGUAAUGACGGCUCACGCGACCAGCGACGCUACGAUUCUUCACAGUGGACAGCUACUGCGCGAUGGCAAGAACCCGGAGCACCAGACCUUUCCAGGUAUCUACGUCAAGGCUGCUGCAUGGAUAAACACUUUGUCGCCGGUGAUCCUGUCGCUGUCGGGUCCGCUUCUGGGUGUGGUGGUCGGAGCAGCGGCUGGCCUCGUCAUCGUCAUCUUUCUCAUCAUACUGGCGCUGAAGCUUCGCUACAGACGACGGCCUCAGGACGACAAGGACUCGCAACACGACGACGGCGGUAUGGCCACACUCACGGCACCCAAUGACAAGACUGCCUCGCUACCGCUCAGCAGCGAUAGCGUCGAGAGCUUCGAGAAGGAUCCUGAUAUUAUACCCCAUACAACAGACAAUUCAUACGCCGAGCUGUGCAAGGGAACAUCGCCUCGAUACGUCCUCCAGCAACAACAGCAGCAGCAACAGCAACAGCAGCAGUUGCCCUCGUCUCGACUGGAGCCCGGCUCGCUGGGCUCGAUAAACAACAAACAAGCUUUAGAACUGUACGAAACGAUUUCUCGGCAGGCGUCGAAGAUGCAGUACGCCGACCUGACGCUGAGGAUCAAUCGACGAGUGCCGCCGAAUUGUUACCAGCCGGUCCCGGUCUCGGGUGUCCAGCGACCGCAGCUCCUGCCCAUGUCGACGUUACCACGGCGAAUGCCGAGUUCCUCAGUCAGCGGCGAGCCAACGAUCUACGCGCAAGUCGCCGCCGGACACUCGGCCAAGCCAAUUUACAUACCACCGCCUCAUCAGUACAUGACGAGCAGUCGCUCGACCGACGACAGCACGGCUGAGACGCCGCUCAUUGGCAGCGACAAUAAGAUAACGACCAUCAGCGAGGCGGCAAAUUCGUGGCGCACAGACCCGUCGAGCACGACGACGACGACCACUACGUCGACGACAUGACUCUGCGCUGACGCCGAGAGCGUCAUAGUUGCCGAAACGAUCAACACUGUCCUCUAAGAAUCUUUAUUAUAACACAGGCCGCCGCCGCAGCCGUCAACGCAUUCCCUGCGAAUCGCCGCGUGUAUUAUAUUAUAUAUUUCGAGCGAUAUACUAUACGAGUAUGGUGGAAAUAAGAGAUGUACGACGAUAUUGUAAUACUGUUAAUAGAACGGAUCAGGGUCCGAAGAGAGACGCGCUUGAUGCGUUGAAAAGCUUAUGUAAUACGCCGGAACACACGUCAGCGCGCCGACAAGAUUGUACAAAGUUUUUAUUUAUCGCGACCCCCUCGUCGUGAGAGAAACAAAGGGUCUCGAUUAUAUAUAGCGAGUAGUUGACUUAUGUGAGUUAUUUAUACAUAUAUACAUACAUACUCUUUAUUUUCUUAAUAAACAAUUAUGUGUAUUAUUUUUGUGGAAGCGACUUGUCCCGCAACGUUGUACUGCUCUCGUAUGUUACACGCUAUACACAAACUCACGAUUUGAUGAAAUUUAGAGAAUAUUGGUUGACAUUAUCGACUGUCGAGUGUCGCCUCUGUAACUUUCCGACUUAUUGUAAAGUUGAUAUUGAGCUUCGUAACUCGAAUUGGGUGACUGUCCGAUAAGAUAUAAAAAUGAACUUAUGUAUAUUUUUCACUAGGGUUUAAGAUACGAACAUGCUAAAAGAAUCGCGUGGCUUAACUGUAUCUCGCCGAUUUAAUUUCACGGAAAAUGUUAUAUUCGCCUUUAUUUCGGGUAGUGAUCGUUGCGUCGAAUCUUAUUGCACAUACCUAGAAUGUAGAUGUUAUAUAAGCACCAUAGUAUGGUUAAUUUAGCAGAAUAUUCAUAAUUUUUAAAUAUAAUUAUUGUAGUCUUAUUGAAACAAAUGCUUUAUUUUAGUUUUGAAUAGCGAGCUCGAAGCGUAACUAUACAUAUUUAUAUAUAUAUUUAAAUUAUUGUGGCAUUUAUGAAAAUCCUAAGAUCCGUCCGAAAAAAAUUUGAAAGCUUAAAAGGUUUGCCCUGCGUUGGAUGUAGAUUAUAUGAUAUAAAACCUUAUUACGAUUUGUUAUGAAA